ACCACUUUGCAAACAUUACACAAGGACCUCUACUGCGUCUUUGAGCAAAGACAACACUCAAAUUAAUAGCUUUCCUGAUAAACCUGUGUGCCUGAAGAAGGGAAGAAGAUGAAGCUACAACUUUUCAUCCUUAGCACUUUGCAGUAUUUGGUUUUAACCAGUCAAGGCGAAGGACAGGUUCAGCUGUCGGAACCUCCCUUCGACCUAGAUAAAUUCUUGACUAUAUACAAUUCUACAUUUCCACCAGAUGACGAUGGACCAUCUUCUGCUCCUUGCCACGUGAAUGUGCCUGGAUUUAGUGGCCUGGGCUUGACAAUCACCUAUAUCAUUGUGUUUGUCUUCAGCAUAGUAGGCAACAGCAUAGUUGUGUAUGUUGUUUGCUGUAUGAAGCAAGGCCGAGCCAGCACAGAUAUCUACUUGAUGCACCUGGCAGUGGCUGACCUCCUCUUCUGUCUUACACUUCCAUUCUGGGCUGUUGAUGUUCAUUCAGGUUGGAUCUUUGGCAACUUCAUGUGCAAACUCCUGUCAGGCUUUCAGGAGGCAUCAGUAUACAGUGGUGUCUUCCUGCUUGCAUGCAUCAGCGUGGACCGUUACUUUGCCAUUGUGAGAGCUACACGUGUCCUGUCCUCCCACCACCUGUUGGUCAAAGUGGUGUGCGGCGUGGUGUGGCUGGUGGCUGGAUUACUGUCCUUACCUGUGGCAAUUCAGAGGGAGAGCUUUGCUGCUGAAGAUCUGGGUCGGACCAUUUGCUUUGAAAAUCUCACCGGUAACACCGGUGACCAAUGGCGUGUCAGCAUGCGUAUUCUGCGCCAUACCAUGGGCUUUUUCCUGCCACUGGUGGUGAUGACUGUCUGCUACAGCUGGACUGUGGUGACGCUGUUUCACACACGAAGUCAACAAAAGCACAAAGCCAUGCGCGUCAUCCUGGCAGUGGUCUUGGCUUUUAUCCUGUGCUGGCUGCCUUAUAACGUUACUGUACUGAUUGACACACUCAUACAGGGUGGAUUGAGUGAAGUGUGUGACACUCGCUACAGAGUGGAGGUGAUGCUAAAUGUGACUCAAGUGUUGGCCUUCAUGCACUGUGCAGUGAAUCCAGUGCUGUACGCCUUCAUUGGGGAGAAGUUCCGCAACCAGCUGCUCUUAGCUCUGUACAAACAUGGCCUCAUCAGUAAGAGGCUCCUGAUGGCCUACAGAAAAAGCUCUGUCAGUAGUGUAGGCAGCAUCAGAUCUAGAAACACCUCUAUUACCAUGUAAAUAACUCCAGAUGGAUGCCUAUGUAUAGCCUUGGGUGGUGGUCAUUUUUAUUUACCCCUGCAAUUAGCCAAAUGAAGAAAGUGUAAACCAAGUGGUUUAUUAUAAGACAUGUACAAUAAUGACUGAAAAGAAUAAGAAAAUUCAAGAGAACUAAUAAAUGUAGGUGUUGGCUUUAUUUUUCAAAAUCUGAAAUGAGUUCCACAUUGAUUUGAAGAGUCGUCAAUGGAGGAAGGCAUGAUGCAGAGAUUUCAUUGUUUAUGUAUGUUUUACAGCCUUUUAAGCCCUUUAAUGAUGUAAUUCAAUUGUGGCCACGACUGAAGAGCCAUCUUCUUAUUUUGCAGUCUUCUAAUUUGAACAUUGUGAGUGAGUUUUUUCAUUUUCUUAUGCAAGACAGAGAGCGAGAAGUGAGAGAAGACAAAAGUUUCUUGCAAUCAGAUAUCUUAAUCUUUCAAACAGGAAGAGGUGAUGAAAUCAGUUUUCCUUUUCAGAAACAAAGUACAGUGUUUUUGAUGAUGGAUGUUCACUGAGGCAGAUCUUUUGUGUCUGUUCAAACUACUGGUUCAGGAAACAUAACUGUAUUCUUUGUAAUAAGUGCUGAAAUCUUAAAAUCCUGUAUUUUUUUAAUUGUGCAGCAACUUUCAUUUGAUAUCAGGCUAUGGCAAAUACGAUUUACUUUAUCUGUCUUUUUAUUUGAAUAUGUAUGUUGAUCACUUAAAUGUGUGUACUAUGUGCAGGUAGCACAUGUAGAUAUGAUUUCUGUGUUCGUGUGUGUGUUCGUGUGUGUG